GUGAAAGACAACCCACCGGCGGAGCGCACGGACGGCGCUUCCCGCCCUCGAUUCCCCGGCAGGCCACCCACAUCCGUCGGUCCCGGGCAGGAAGCCGCCCCCUGGCUGGGCAGCCGGCGCCGGCUCAGAGAGGCGCCUGCGCUCGCUCGGAGCCCCCCAGGUCGGCCUUCUCGCGAGACAGGGCGGUGCAGGCCAAGCCGGAGGUGGAGCCGCUCGUGGCCGGGUGGGCUGGGGUGGCAGGGAGGCGCCUUCUCCGCGGGAGGCUCCGCUAGCCGAGCGGGCCCUGGCAGAAGCAGCUGUCCUGAGUCGGGCAGAGAAGGGAUCUCUCCAUCACCAGAUGCCAGAUCCUUCUGGAGAGGUUGAACUUGGGACAGUCUGCUUGUAAAGCACAUCUCUAACCACUGAUGCUCCUGAUGAACAUAGGAAACUGCUAUAUACCAGGUUUCCAACCAUCCCCAAAUGCCAUGCUGGGUUUCAAAUGUUUCCAGCAGAGCUGGAGGUGAACAUGGCAUGAAUUAGCCAAUGAUGUCUCAGACCAGGAUGACCAAAGCACGGCUGUUUCACCUCUCGGUGGUGGUGGGUUCCAUCUUCAUGAUCCUGCUGAUCAUUGUGUAUUGGGACAAUGUAGGGACACCACACUUCUACUUGCACACAACGUUCUCCAGGCCUCACGGAGCGUCCCCCACUGCCGUUAAGGAGGAAGGCCGAGGUCCUUUGUCGGAUGUUGAUGAGUUCUUGGAGAAGCUCCUAAGUUUUGACCCGAAACAGAAUGCAGAACUCGGUCAGAAAACGGAGCAGCCUCCCUUGCAUGCCUCAGUUAGGCCUAUUGUGGGUAACUUGGAGGAGAAUAUAAGAGGCUAUGACUGGUCCACCCGGGAUGCCAGCUUGAUCCUGGAUCAAGAGAAGCUGCAAGCAGAGAGGCGGAGGAUGCUGAGGGAAUUGUGUGCCAAUUCCAGCUUCACUUUCCCAACCAAGGAGCGGUCCUUUGAUGACAUCCCCAACUAUGAGCUGAACCACCUCAUUGUAGAUGACCGCCAUGGCAUCAUCUACUGCUACGUCCCCAAAGUGGCAUGUACCAACUGGAAACGGGUGAUGAUCGUGCUCAGUGAGAGCUUGAUGGACCAGGGCGUCCCUUACGCUGACCCCUUGGACAUACCCCGCGAGCAUGUCCACAAUACUAGCACCCACUUCACUUUCAAUAAAUUCUGGCGCCGGUACGGCAAGUUUUCCCGCCACCUUAUGAAGAUCAAGCUGAAAAAAUACACCAAGUUUCUCUUUGUCCGCGACCCCUUUGUCCGACUCAUCUCCGCCUUCCGCAGCAAAUUUGAGCUCGAGAACGAGGAGUUCUACCGCCGGUUUGCCAUCCCGAUGCUGAAGCUUUACUCUAAUUACACCAGUCUCCCGACAUCGGUGAGCGAGGCCUUUGAGGCAGGGCUCAAAGUCUCCUUCUCGGAUUUCAUCCAGUACUUGCUGGACCCUCGGACAGAAAAGUUGGCGCCUUUCAACGAGCACUGGAGGCAGGUGUACCGGCUUUGCCACCCGUGCCAGAUAGAGUAUGACUUUGUGGGCAAGCUAGAAACUCUGGACGAAGACGCGUCUCACCUGCUGCAGCUUCUCAAGGUAGACCAUCUUCUCCGCUUCCCUCCCAGCUACCGGAACAGGACUGCUAGCAGCUGGGAGGAAGACUGGUUUGCCAAAAUCCCCGUUGCAUGGAGGCGGCAGCUGUACAAGCUGUAUGAAGCAGACUUUGUCCUCUUUGGCUAUCCCAAACCAGAAAGCUUGCUUCAAAACUGAGCCAGGCAGGAAAGAGAGGGUUCAAAAUACCAAAAGAUCUCUUUUUUCCCCCAGACCCCCCUCUGCCUAUGUUGACAUACACAAGCAUACCCUUUUCUAUACCGUUUUACACAUCAUUGCUCCUUCUGCUUAGUCUGAUUCAUUUUGUUCAAUGUCCCUUCCUUUGUUUUGCUGUUAGGAUGUACGUUUGUUCAUUCCACCUACUGUCUUCUUUUUGGAUACUGUUUAUUAGUGCAUUUUUUUUAAAAAAAAAAGGAAAGAGAAAAAGAAAGAAUUAAUAUAUUAAAAAUAUUUAAUACAAAUCUGUUGUGGAAUAGGGGAGUAAAAGGGUGCACCAUUUUGUGGUGGUGGUGGUUGGAACUAUCCAGCAUGAGCGUCCUCAGGAGUUUUUCCAGUUGGGGAGUAGCGCAAAGUCAAACAUGAAGGGGGGGGGGCAGCAGGCUAGUUUCUCACCAAAAAUUAAAAGAAUAGUGCCUGCAUAUUUUGCCCUAUAAUUCAUAAUUUACAAAUGGUAGAAAUUUCCUCUUAAAAAAAAAGAAAGCUGGGAAUUGGGGAUUAUGGUUUUUUUUGGGGGGGGGAUGAACUGCUCCUCCCCCUUCCUGCAGACACCCAUGAUGUCCAGUUGUUUGUCACUGGUGGGAUGAUGUGGGACCAUUCCCAUGUGAAUGGUCCUAUCUCACAUGCUGAGUGCUCUUAAACAAAACAUGGGCUGUUUAAAUGGAUUUAUUUCAAUCCGUCCUUCGAUGCAGACAAAUGCUGCUUGGCAUUGGGGAAGGGGGUGGUAUUCAGUGCUCGCCCUACGCAGAGCAGUCCCAUUGAGGCUAAAAGAUGUGACUAACAUAGUU